AUAAGUUAGCCCGUAGAAUUAAAUUGAGAGGCGGGAACCAAAAUAAGAAACAAGGUGAAACGCAAAGCAAAAUCACUGCAUACGAGCUUUGUUUCUUUCCUUUCCUCCCACAGCAACUUACUUACCUCCCUCUCUUUCUCUUUCUCUUUUCUCUCCGCUCACUUGAUGGACUCAACAUAUAAAGAAAGGUAAUUUUAGCGGCCAAUUAAUACUUAAAGUAGUUCGCGGAGGCGAGUAUGGGGUUAGGGCAAAUAAUCAAUUAUUUUGAGACCACAUUACGAUCAGAGCCUACAAGUAGUGAUGGCGAUGAAACGAACAACUGGAAACCGAUAAUUGACAUUAAAUCUUUCCGUGAAGCAUGUUUUUUUGGUGUACCCGACGAGUCUGGACUACGUGCCACGGCAUGGAAAGUGUUGCUUGGUUAUUUGCCACCGGAUAAACGAAUGUGGAACACUGUGCUGCAUUCACAACGACUAAGUUAUUAUAAUUGGGCUCGAGAUUUAUUGGAGGAUCCAGGAGGAGAACCGCCGUCGAGUGAUCAUCCACUCAAUGACGAGAGAGGAUCAAAGUGGGCUUCGUAUUUUCAUGACAAUUCUAUCUUGGAUCAGAUUGACAAGGACGUACGACGCACAUUGCCCGAUAUUGCCUUUUUCCAAGCGCAGGUGCCUAUCAAUCACUUGAAUCCGCUCUCACGAGCGGAAGAAAUUCAACCGCCACCUGCUACAGAGGAACAAUCGAUCGAAGACCCAUUAUCGACAUCAUCAUCAGCGGAAAACAGACCGUCGCAAGGACGCCGGUUCUCGUUUGGGUUCAUGGGUCGACCACGAUCCUCCUCGACUGCAUCAAAGAAAUCGCUUCGAGUAUCAGCUGCUGCAAACAACAACAACAACAACAGUAACAAUACUCGAUCACGAUCUAAUUCCAAAAGCUCAGUACACUCUACACAUUCAAACGCAGACGCAACAGCAUCACCACGGAAUAUUGUCCGAAAGUUCUCAUCUGCCUUCAAGGGCGGCAGUUCCACGUCGGUUCUUUUACCUCCCACGAGUAGUACAAACCCAACAACCAAACGGAAACACAACCACAACAUCCGCAAUUUGAAACCCAUCUGUCCGCUUGUCACUAACCGUCGCAUCUUGUUCAAACGCAUUGCCCAUAUCAACAACGAGAAUCUGUUGCGAGGAGACAAUGCCACACCCGAAGAAAUCGCACGCCAAUCGCAUGCGACCGACCUCCAUACCCAAGAUUAUCACUGGGAAGCGAUCGAACGGAUCCUGUUCAUCUAUGCCAAACUGAACCCAGGUGUCGGGUAUGUGCAAGGCAUGAACGAAAUACUGGCACCCAUCUACUAUGUCUUUGCCAAGGACGAUUUUGAUCUGGAAGCACAAGCGUAUGCUGAAGCAGAUGCGUUUUUCGUGUUUACAAUUCUCAUGUCGGAUGUCCGGGACCAUUUCGUACGGUCACUGGAUCAGGAUGCAAGCACAGGGAUCAACGCGACCAUGCAGCGCAUGAGUCAGCGGUUGGCGUGGGUGGAUAAACCCUUGUGGCGGGAUCUGCGACGGAAAGAUAUCAAGGAGCAGUAUUAUGCGUUCCGUUGGAUCACCGUGCUUUGUUCGCAGGAAUGGGACUUACCAAGCGUGAUUCGGUUGUGGGACUCUAUCCUGGCUGAUAGAGGCAAUCAGGAAGGCUUGGCAGAGACUCGCUUCGAGUUCUUGCUCGAUUUUGCUGUUGCUAUGGUGCUAUGCAUUCGACAAGACAUCCUCAAAGGCGACUUUGCAGAAAAUGUUCGGUUACUGCAGAAUUACCCUAUCGACGAUAUUCAAGUAGUGCUCGCAACAGCCAAUUCAUUACGAGAAAUGCGACUGGAUGCCAUUGCCAACGGCAAACCUGUCCCUGGCGCCUACGACAAACGCAACAGCGGAUUGUUUGCCAGUGACUGGAGCGACACAUCCUCCAUUGCAUCCAACGGGUCUUCUACUCGGGUACAACGAUUACGGGACAACGCCGAUAUGGCUCGACAAAGCUUUGAUUCGUUUCGUCGAGAGUCGCGUGAGUCGUUGGAUGAAUUGUUCCGCAGGAGUGGGGGUCGUGUCGAUGAGGCAUGGAAAAGGGCAAGCACAGGCGAUGUGACAAGAAGUUUGUCACAGCGCUUUGCUUCGGUCAGUAGCAAAAUGAAACGUCCAACAGCAGACCUUAACCGGAGUGCAUCGAUUUCGUCCGAACAUUCGACGGCUGCAACUGGAUCGUCGUCUUCUUCUUCUGCUGCUGCUGCUACGACUAAUGGAACUGCACCAGUCGCACGGAGCAAUUCGCUAUUGAACCGGUUUUCUCAAAUGAUGGGAAAUGGUAAUACGGCCGUGUCGCCCUAUGGCCGUUUGAAAGCAGCACGAAAUGGCCUUGUAGAAAAAGGACAGCAACAACAGCAACCACCACCUCAGCAACAACAGCAGCCAGCAUACUAUCGUGGAUUUGUAUAAGUUUUUAUUCUACAUUGUUUUAUUCUAUAAUUUUCUUCGCUUUUUCGUAUGUAUAUUUUUAGUUCUUUAUUUUGCAAUUCGUUUUAUUUGCUGGUCACUGCAAACACACACAAACGCAUCAUAUCAUUGUAUCACCCCUUCUACACUUGUCUAGAUCUAUCUCAUCUUCGCUAUCCACACACACACACACACACAC